AGUAGCGGAGGACUAAUCUGCUGAGCUUCCUCUCUAUUUAAACUGGCCCUGCUGGUGAUCCUGCUCUAUCUCUCAUCCCCCCCACACCACACAGCCAUCCACACUCGCACUACUGUCACACACACAGCAUUUGCUUUGCUUAGCAGGACCGAUCGACAGUAUACAAUAAUGGCUCUGACGAUGAAGAACAACGCCAAGCAGGCGGUGGUGGCCUUGGCCGUGUUGGUCGCGGCGGCGGCGCUGGUGGCGUCUGCGUCGGCGGCGAUCACCUGCGGCCAGGUGGGUUCGGCGCUGGCGCCGUGCAUCCCGUACGCGACGGGUAAGGCGAGCGCGCUCCCGUCGUCGUGCUGCAGCGGCGUGCGCAGCCUGAACAGCGCGGCGCGCACGAGCGCGGACCGGCAGGCGGCGUGCCGGUGCCUCAAGAGCCUGGCCAACACCGUCAAGUCGGUGAACAUGGGCACCGUCGCCACCAUCCCCGGCAAGUGCGGCGUCUCCGUGCCGUUCCCCAUCAGCAUGUCCACAGACUGCAACAAGGUCAACUAAUUAAACUGUACAUCAUCAGACUACCUGAUGAUGAGAAGCAGCUCGGUCGGUCAGAAGCUAGCGACGAGCUAUGCAGGAGAAUAAAAUAAAGUUAAGGCAUCAGCAUCAGCAUCUAUAUCAAUUAUGUAGUAACUAAAUGUUGUACUCGAUCUGUGUGUACGUGCGCAUAUACGUACAUGCCUAUGUACGAUCGAUCGAUGGAUAUGUGCUGCUUUCUCACACGUACGUGUGCUCAUCGUAUAUAUACAUGUAUGCUUGCGUCC